CCCGGUUUUCAAACGCGAUGACAGUCGAGGCUAACGCGUGAGCGCAUCCCACAGGUGUGUUGCUGCCAACUGAGCCGCGGCUCCCGAAGAUACACAUACACACACACACAGACACACACACUCACACACACAGAAUCACACCUGGAAAUCAGACUACCAUGUGACUCGGCACCUGGGCGUGGAGAAAGUCUGAAUAUUCUAACCAGAGACUCUUUUUCAGUCGAGGAGUUGCCGUGUCGCCUCUCAACGGGGAUUGCCAGCCGACUAUCGCCUGUUUUCUACGGAAUAGUGCCUUUCUCGAACCCCCCACCUUGCUGGACGCGCGGGGAGAGUAAAAUGUAAACUUGCUUUCGGACGUUUUCCUCCUUCUUCUCCUGUUUAUUACAUCGGGGAAAAGUCUUCAGCGUUUUGGAGCUCUGCGUGCAACUAUUCUCUUCGCUCUUUCCUUCUCCAAGAGCCCAGGCCCUUAAUGAAGCUGGGGGUCACCGGCAGUGUGCGGCUAAUUGGCCAAGUUCGCCUGGGGCUCUGGCUGCCUGUGAUUGAAGUGUCCAGCGAGCGCCCACUGUGUAGCCGCUGCUGCACCCUACUCUGUUCCACUCCAACAGCCAAGACACUCACUGCACCCCUGUCGGCCUCUCCCUAGUGAGUAGCACCCGAGAGAUGGCAAGCUGGGUCUCCCUCCUCCUCUUCCUCUUCUGCCAAUCAAUCUCACAAGCCCAGGAGGAGAGUGGCGACUUCCCCACCCCGGAGUUUACCUCCAAGACCCCCAUUAACAAUGUGGUCCAGGACACACUGACUGGUCGGAUCUACCUGGGAGCGGUCAACGGCAUCUUCCAACUAGGGGCGUCCCUCAGCAAGGAGGCGUAUGCUGAGACGGGCCCCAGAGACGAUGCCCGGUCCUGUACUCCUCCUGCUUCAGCCUGUCAGGACACAACCCCCAUGCCCAACGUCAACAAGCUUCUGCUAGUCCACCCGUCCAACGGUUCACUUAUAGUGUGCGGCAGUCGCUACCGAGGCAUCUGCUCCCUCCACAGCUUGUCCAGCGUGGACAAGCAGCUGUAUUACAGCGACAGUAAAGGAGAGAGGACUUAUGUGGCUAGCAUAGAGGAUAAUGUGAACGUGGUGGGCGUCAUGUCCACCUUUUCAAAAGAAGGACACACCUUCAAUGUGUUUCUUGUUGGGAAGGGCUACGGAAGCCUGGACAGUACAAAAAUCAUCAGCACACGAAUCCUUCAGGAUUUCCGGGACUGGGUUGUGUUUGAAAGCAUCAUCGAGGCUUCUACGGUACAAACGACACCAUUCGUUCCCAAGUACUUGCACGACUUCCGGCAUGCCUUCAAAGAAGAUGGUUUUGUCUAUUUCCUCUUUUCUCGGACUCUUGACGGUACGGAUAAUAAAAACCUGACCUUUGUGUCUCGUCUUUGCGAAGACGACCACCAUUACUAUUCUCACACAGAGCUCCAGUUAAACUGCGGUACAAAUAACCGAUAUAACAAAGUCCAAGCUGCAUACGUGGCCUCUCCGGGAAAAGAGCUGGCGCGGAUCAUGACUAGAUCUACUAUGCACGGGAGUGUCAACUCGUGGAAUAAAGUCCUAUUCGUUGUGGCGAGGCCAGAUGACGACGACACCGACUCUGCUCUCUGCAUGUACCCGCUCAACUCCAUCAACGAGCGGCUGGCGGACAUCAUCAGCGCUUGCUACUGUGACUCCGGAAAGAUUUCUGGGUUUCCUGCUGUAGACAUGCCCUACUCGUCUAAAACUGACAUCUGCACAUCAACAAUUUCGAAGAGCAUGCUGAUGAACUACACGUGCGGUGCGGACUUUCUGCCCUCCCCUCUCGCAAGCACGCCAAGGUUUGCUUUAAACGCGGAGGCAGUGUUUUCCGGAAAUUUGGGCCUUCUGACCGCCGUGGCUGUGGCUGUGGAGAACGAUCACACCAUCGCCUUCCUGGGCAACAACCAGGGAGAGGUGUUGAAGGUUCACCUGACCUCAGAGCCGUAUAUGUACGGCAAGUUCCCCGGCGACGCCACGCGAAUGGAGGUUAACAAGAACCUUUUCUUUGACCUCAGUCAGAGCCACCUCUACAUUACAACGGAAAAAAAGAUCACCAAGGUGCCGGUGCAGACGUGCCUCCAAAAGAAAGACUGCCAAUCAUGCGUGGAACUGAAGGACCCUUACUGUGGCUGGUGUGUCCUGGAGGGAAGGUGUACCAGGAGGUCUGAGUGCCGACGGGCAGAGGAGAAGAAUGGCUGGUUGUGGAGCCCCCGGCAGCAGUGCGUCAAGAUUGUAUCCUUCUAUCCCCCGAACCUUUCCUGCAAAAAGACUGAAAAGGUAAAGAUCAAUAUCCCCUCCCUUCCUGCCAUUGGAGCAUCUGAUCGUCUGCAGUGCAGAAUUAGGUCUUUCCAGAGUGAAGGCACCACGGUGGAUUCUGGUCAGGUCUCCUGUCAACUACCCCAGCCUUCGCUUAUACCGCAAACACCUGAGAACCAAGAUUUUGUGGCCGUGGCCAUAAAGGUUUUUGUCAAUGAGACCGUGGAGCUGGCUACACGAGAGUUCCAGUUCUACAACUGCGCCGCCACAGUGAAGAAAUCCGAAAACACACCGUGCAUGUCAUGCGUGGCCAGUCCUUGGGGAUGCCAGUGGAAUAUAGCUGACCACACCUGUAGCGAUAUGGAUGACAGCAUAACGGGUCCCAGCAUCAUCAAACACCGCCAGGGAACGAAGUGUCCUCACUUUGAGAAUCCGGAUCCUACGCUGAUCUCCGUGGGCCACAAGGCACAAAUCAGCUUCGAAGGGAUCAAUUUGGAGCUCUACAAGGAUCGCUCUUUCACCAUUGGCACCGAGCUCAUGAGGAAUGUGGAGGAAGAGCUCAAGGUCGAGUCCGGGUCGUCGUUCUACACUUUCAGCGGCUACAGCUUUUCCUACGAUAAAUCACCGGAGACCAAUGUUCUUUUCUACGUGAAGGACAAGGCGUCUGGCAAGAAGAUGGACAGCAUGCUGAACGUCACCCUGUACAACUGCUCCAUGGGGAGGGAGGACUGCAGCCUCUGUAAGAACUCGGACCCGAAGUACAGGUGUGUGUGGUGCAGCAACCAGAAGGCGUGUGUGUACGAGAAGCUCUGCAGUUCUCACCAGCAAGGCCACGACACCGAGUGCCCCGACCCCGAGAUCACUGAUAUCAUUCCCCGUUUCGGCCCCCUGCAGGGAGGCAUCUCCAUCACGAUCCGUGGCUCCAACCUCGGCAUCCACGAGGAAGACAUCAAAAGCAUCACGGUGGUUGGGGAGCCCUGUAUCCAUCAGCCUGAAAAGUACUCCGUCUCCACAAGUGUGGUGUGCGAGAUCGGCCCUAGCGAGGGAAAUUGGGGCACGGUGGAGGUGGAGGUGAAGGGAGGGAAGAGAGGAACUUCGUCCUUGCACUUCACCUACAGGGACCCGAUUCCUGAGACAGUGGUGCCUGCUGUAGGUCCUAAAGCCGGGGGUACCCUCAUUACUAUUGCUGGGCGAUUGUUGGACACUGGCAGUAAGGAAGAUGUCCAGGUUACCAUCGGAGGGGUGGACUGCGCUGUGGAGGACUUCGGGGAAACAAUCACCUGCUGGACAGGAGAAUACAGAGCAGAUCCGACGCCCACUGAUCGUCUCACCGUCACGAUGAAGUAUGGAAAGAAAACCACAAAAAACAUCACCGAUGCCUUCCGGUUCUUGGAAAACCCGACUGUGCAGAGCCACCAUCCCAAAGAAAGCUUUGUCUGCGGAGGGAGGAACAUUGUGGUGACUGGUUCCGGUUUUGACAUAAUCCAGACUGCUGUGAUGAGGGUCGAUGGAAACAACUCGUCAUCUCUGGAGAAAGCACACCAGAGAAACGACACGGUCCUCCAGUUUCGGUCUCCAACUGUUUCCAAAACAGUCAUGAACCAGCGCUUGAAAACAUACAUCCAGUUGGACAACUGGGUGAAGGAGCUGAAGCCCUUCAACUACUACCCUGACCCCGUCUUCAACGACUUACCCAAGAAGGUCAUCACUGCGACAAGCAUCAUCAUCGUCACUGGUAAUGGAUUCUCCAAGGCCAUGACGGCCAAAGAGGCUGAGGCAUAUGUGGGCGAUGUUGAGUGCGUGGUCAACACGCUUCAGGAUGACAAGCUGUUCCUGGACCCACCUUCCACCACGCCCAAAACUCGCUCCAGGAGGCAGCGCCGUGACACCCGGCCGGAGCAGCUGGAACUAAUGAUCAAGUUUGGUAAUGGAGAGUGGGUGGUCGGUUCGGUGGAAUAUGAGAAGAAGAAUGAUUUGUCCUUAUACAUCAUCAUCCCUGCUGUUAUUGUGCCCAUGCUGCUCAUCAUCAUCAUCUCUGUCUACUGCUACAGGAGGAAGAGUCAGCAGGCAGAGAGGGAGUAUGAGAAGGUGAAGCACCAGCUGGAGAAUCUGGAAGAGAGCGUACGAGACCGCUGCAAGAAAGAAUUCACAGACUUGAUGAUCGAGAUGGAGGACCACACCAACGACCUGAGUGAGGGGCGAAUCCCCUUCCUGGACUACAAGACCUACACAGACCGGGUCUUCUUCCUGCCUUCUAAGGACGGUGCCAAUGAUGUGAUGAUCACAGGGAAGCUGGACAUCCCCGAGGCACGGAGGGCCACAGUGACUCAGGGUCUCAACCAGUUCUCUAACCUCCUGAACUCCAAGACGUUCCUCAUUAAUUUUAUCCGAACCUUGGAGCGCAGUCAUGACUUCAACGCCAGGGCCAAGGUGUACUUCGCCUCCCUGCUGACGGUGGCUCUGCACGGGAAGCUGGAAUACUACACCGACAUUAUGAGGACACUGCUGCUGGAGCUGAUGGAGGAAUACGUCCACAGCAAGAACCCCAAACUCAUGCUGCGCAGGUCAGAGACGGUGGUGGAGAGGAUGCUGUGUAACUGGAUGUCUAUCUGCCUUUACCAGUUUUUGAAGGACUCUGCAGGCGAGCCCUUGUACAAACUGUUCCGAGCCAUCAAGCACCAGAUCGAGAAAGGACCCGUGGACGCCAGAGUGAAGAAAGCCAAGUACACCCUCAACGACACGGGCCUGUUGGGUGAUGAUGUAGAGUACUCCGUGCUGACGCUGCAGGUGCUGGUCCAAGGCGAGGGUCCGGAUGUGACGCCCGUCAAGGUGCUGAACUGCGACACCAUCUCGCAAGUGAAAGAGAAGAUCAUAGAGCAGGUCUACAGGAACCUGCCGUACUCCCUGCGUCCCAAGGUCGACAGUGUCACUCUGGAGUGGCGUCCCGGCUCGACGGGUCAGAUCCUGUCAGAUCUGGACUUGACUUCUCAGAAAGAAGGCAGAUGGAGACGCAUCAACACUCUGGCACACUACAACGUCCGAGAUAACGCCAUAUUAGUUCUGUCCAGAGUCCUACACACUCAACAGAACUACGACCAGAACCAGGAAAACCACGAAGAGCGAAAUGCUCUGUUGGAAGAUGACAAAGUGUUCCACUUGGUGAGGCCGGCAGACGAACUGGAUGAGAUCAAGUCAAAACGGGGAAGCAUAAAGGACAAGUCGAUGACCAAAGCCAUUACAGAGAUCUAUCUAACGCGACUCCUUUCUGUCAAGGGAACACUGCAGCAGUUUGUGGAUGACUUCUUCCGCAGCGUGCUGUGCUCUGGGGCAGUGGUCCCACCAGCUGUCAAAUAUUUCUUCGACUUCUUGGAUGAGCAAGCGCUGAAACACAACAAUGUGGACGAGGAAACCAUCCAUAUCUGGAAGACUAAUAGCCUGCCGCUGCGCUUCUGGGUGAACAUCCUCAAGAAUCCUCACUUCAUCUUCGACGUCCACGUGACCGAAGUGGUGGACGCCUCGCUCUCCGUCAUCGCCCAGACCUUCAUGGAUGCCUGCACCAAAAGCGAGCACAAACUCAGCCGGGACUCUCCAAGUAACAAACUACUCUAUGCAAAGGAGAUCUCCUCCUAUAAGAAGAUGGUGGAUGAUUACUACAAGGGCAUCAGGCAGAUGGUGCCCGUCAGUGACCAGGACAUGAACACUCAUUUGGCAGAGGUGUCACGGUCCCACACAGACAAACUGAACACACAAGUGGCUCUCCAUCAGCUCUACCAGUACGCCAGCAAACACUGCGAUGCGAUCAUCGCGUCCCUAGAUGAGGACCCAGCUGCCCAGAGUAAACAGCUGACCCUGCGGCUCCUGCAGAUAACAGCCACACUGGAAAACAAAGUGGCUGAUCUCUAACACACUGAGUGGAGGGAGAGGGGGAGGGGGAGGGAGGGAGGAAGGGGAAUGGAGGGAUAUUGCCAGUGACUACAUGGGCUUACUUCUUCUUUUCAGAAAAUAAAACAUGGAAAUAAGGAAAUGAGAGAUGGUACUCAUGUGGGCGUGUAUAUUGUCCAAUUUGGCCCGGGGGGCAAUUUUCUGUUCUGCAGAGUAACAGGGACUAAUGAAAUGCAGAUAGAGAGCAAAAUGAUGGGUUAUGCUGUCAUAGGUACGCCUUAAAGCUCACUUGCCAAACCUUAAAGGUCUGCGCACUCACUCAUGCUUCACUGAAUAUAUUGCUCAGUUCGGGAGAACUCUCCGGGAAUUAAGCCCCUCUGUGGAGCACUGGCACAGAAGAUAAUCAGAUGUUCAAUUUCUCUCUGUGUAGAAAAGGUUUUAAGAGUUGUAUUAUAUAUUUUUUUUAUUGUGCAGUCUUUAUGCGGAAAGCUUUAUAAGGAAAAAAAAAAUCUUUUUAAAUGGAUCACCUUGUGUGCGGAUAGUGUUUUUAUUAGCCUGUGUGUGUGUGUGCGUAGACGUCUGCGUGAAGUCCAACGUGUGAACAAGAGUUGGUUGGCUUGUAAACGUGCGAGUGUGUGGGAAUGUGCGUGCACACACAGGAUGCCUACUGGCAGGCGUGAGGGCGGAAGGGGCGCCUGCUUUUUUUCCGUCAUUUGAAUCCCUUAUACCCAGUAAGACACUGGAGCCUGUGCUCUCGCCGAGCUUUACGACAGAGACCAAAGGGUCCUCACGGGGACGCUGGUUAAUCUAGCAAUGUACAGGCUCAAGUGAAUGACAGGUCACUGGUAGGUUCCACAAUAUUUGAGUUGAAUCCUUUGCUUUUGACUCAGAUUUGCUUCAAGCUGGUUUCGUCAUUUGUGCUGGCUGAAAUUGAUCGAAUAGCACAGUUUGUCUCCCUUUACUGUACAGUGCCAUGAAACAUUCCACUUUAACUAAAGCACAGAAGGACAUUUCACAUUUUUAAGACUUCCAGUCAAUGGUUGUUUUUAGAUUUUCUUUUUUUUUGUCUUUUUUUUUUUUCUAAGCGUUGGCAAGAAGCAGCUUUAUUCUGCCAUGGAGCCAUGUCACUCAUAUUAGCCCUGCAAUAAUGUCAGUAUGCCAUGAGCCACUAUCGACAGUUGCAUUAGCUUAAUAAAUGUAUUUACAUACAGUAGCAAUUCAGCAAUAUGUUAGAGAUUUAUCCAAAUUGAUUCAUGCAUUGUUUGUGUUAAUAUUUUUUUUUGUGCCAUUUUUUAAACAUUUGUAACGUUCCAAAUAAUCAUCAACAAGCAUUCUGCCUCUAAAGCUAUGUAAUAGCUAAUUGCUGAUGUUAAUAAUCUGCCAGAGAUGCAGGUGGUACUCGAGUGGCAUGUUCUGAACAAACUGUAGUGGUUUUUAGCCUUCGUAUGCUGGGUUCAGUCAUGUACAUGACUCUUAUAGGAAUCGGAAUAUUUAGAUGUCAGCGUCGGAAGCCCAGGUUUUGACAGGGUAGGAACGAGGGUUUGAUAUUUCUUGGACCAUUAAACGCCAUCCCUAAAUUGUAGGUCUUGCUGUUGACAGAUGAUUUAAUUGUACUCCCUGUAUCUGAUCAUGGGUGUGUGUAGUUGACGGAGCAUGACGGGCUCCAGAGACCCCAGAAUGUUAACGAUUCCUGCCUUGGCCAGAGAGAGCCUGCCUGCCUGCCUGCUGUCUCAGCAUGGCAUCCCGACCAACAGCACUUGGCACUGCCCACUCAGCGCAGUGCAGAGUGGCACUCUGUAUAAUGGAAUCAGCAGGGGAGGCUUUUGAUCUUAAUUGCAUGCCGACUGCAGACUCCAUCCUCGUCGCCGCUGUUGUUUACUGCUGACUCCUUUCUCACUGACAGAGUUGAUGCAAGACGCUUCUUUCAGAGCCUUUCUUUAACCAAAAAUGUGCCUUAUUGAAUAGGAUGAUACAUAUAUAUUGUUUCUAAAUUAUUCUAUUGGUAACCUAGGUGAUUAUGAUGAUGAUAGUGCUAUAGACACAGCAAUGUAUUUGGACUUGUGAUAUUACGUGUGCUGUCUAAAACGCUAGAUGCCCUGCUGCAGCCGUUUGCGUGCCAAUAGGCUGAAGACAUUUCAGUAUGAUUUCUGUUAUGGUUGCAGUUUUGAUGUGUGCAUUUCCUUUGGGUGUCUGUGGUGUGUGCUUAGUAGGACUUUGGUGGCUAUGGCAAAAAGCCAAAACGAGUAAAUGUAAAACAGUGGCCAAUGUGAUUUGGGUUUCCCUUGAAAAUGUCUGGCAUUCCUAAAUUAGUCCGGUCCGAAGUCACAAGGGUAUCGUUAUGUAGACUGAAUAUAGCGCAAAAUUGUUCCAAUGGUGUUAUUUUUUUUUUUUUUUUUGCCCUGUGUUUCUAAGCUAUUCCACAGUGUGUACGAUAAAUGACUAUCUAUACUCAACAGAUGACUUUUCUUACUGCUGUGCAGUUAUUAUUAUUUUUAUUUCUUGUUUCCUAUACCACAUAAAUCUUUGUAAAACAUGUUGAAAUACUGUAUUCUAACUGUAUACUCCUAUGCAUUGAGUCCUGGGACAAAGAAAAAAAAACAACAAAAGAGAAAAAAAACUGUUUGUGCAGUUGUCGACACUUUUUUCCAUUUUGAAACUUGUGAAUGUGCUGUAACGAUUAAAAAAAAGAAAAACAACAAAAAACGGGACACUCCAUUUUCAGUACAGGACCGUUAACGGAAGCAGAUGUUUCCCUCCCCAUCCGCGGCAGCUCAGAAGAUCCUCCAUCUUUACCUGAUCUGGUUGUACUGGAUGAACUUAAUUUUACAAAUGUUUGUGUGUGGACGGAGCAGUUGCCCACAAGUUACAUCAUACACUCCUCCGUGAAUAAACUCAGAGACGUAUAUGCCCUUCA